CCUUUCCGGUCGGGAGAUAUUCCGGCAGGGUGCUUGAGAAAGCGACAUUGCCUCCCACUGCCAUGUGCGGCUUUCUCGCUUCUAAUUGCUACGCGAGUAGCUGCUUCGUGGGAGUUUCCUUUGAUGUCUGAGAAUUUCUUCUGAAAGAUAUUAGGAAUUGCUUCAUUGCUUAGCUAUGUGAUGGCUUUGAGAGAGCAACCGCAGAAGGACUGGUACAGCAUUCUUGGUGCAGGACCAUCAGAUAGUCUAACAGACUUGAAAAGAAAAUAUCAAAGACUGGUAUUAUUGUAUCAUCCAGACAAACAGAGCACAGAUGUGCCAGCAGGAGAAGUGGAGGCGCGCAUGCAGAGGUUCAUCGAAAUUGAUCGAGCGUGGAAAAUUCUAGGGAAUGAAGAGACAAAAAAAGAGUAUGACCUGCAGCGGAGAGAAUAUGAGUUAACUCAAGGAUGGCCAGUAGAUGCUCAGGUUUCACUUGGAGAUAUGGCCUGGAAUCACAAUGACCGGAGCUACUCUCUCACAUGUCGCUGUGGUGGAAAAUACAUUGUCACUGAAAAUGAAGCUGAAGAUAAUUCCCUAGUAUGCUGUGACACUUGUUCAUUAUCUGUAGAGAUUAUUCAAUGACAUAACCAUCUAUUUCAUUCAAGUAUGCAGGAAAUGCAAAAAAUAGGCUCCCUGCUUGAAAUGUGGUAAGAACACGUCACCUGUGUGAUAAUGCUGGACAGAAGAAUGUAGUAGAAAUGUUUCAUCUAGUGAGGUCCAAGUGCUUCCUGUAUUAGUACAAGCAACAAAUGGAAUUGUUUCAUUGCCUGGAGGUAUUCAACUGACAAAAGGAGUUUUUGUGAUUAAUCCACAGAUGUUACCUUUUUUUUGUUAAAGUGAAAUAUGAUAAUGGAACCUACUAUGUUAAGUAACUAAUUUACAGAAUACUAAAGAAGUCUGUAUAUUUGAUUCGUUAAAUUUCACUUGAACACUAAGAAUGUGAAAGUUCUUUCUGCAUGUUUCAGAUCAUCAAGAUUCAAAUAUUAUACCUAACUCUUAAUUAGCUCUGAGACAUAUAGGGAACAAACAUUAGGAAACAUAAGAAAUAUAUACUGGCUAACUUUCAUUAUAGCAGUUACUAUUUAUGGUUUACAAGACUGAGUUUCUUUAAAACCAACAAGUUUUAUUUAGCAUAAACUAUCAUGGGGAAAUGUUUAUACCCAAAUAAACCUAGUUCAUCCUUAAGGUGCCAGAAGACUCUUCUUUGGUAUUACUGGAACAGUUUAAUAGUUUACUCCUGAAAAAAUGUAUGUAAAAUAUUAGUAUUAAAAGGCAUAGAGCUGAGUAUACACUGUAUUGCACUUCACUCAGAAAUCAAUAAGGGAAAUUAUUUAUGACGUAACUUCCAUCUUAAUCCGAGGAAGCUGUUUCAGCUCUAGAUCAGUGCCUGGUGUCAGCAAUGGACUGGAUGAGGGUGAAUAAACUGAAACUUAAUCCAGAAAAGACAGAAGAGCUCCUGGUCAGCUGAAAAGCAGAUUGUAGCGUUCACCCCUUAUUAUGCAAAAUAAGGCAUGCAUAAUUCAUGUUCUAUGCUGAUGUGGUUGAGAGGUGGGGCCACUAAAGAGGUUAAAAGGCAGAACCUGAGAGGAGAAGAGAACAGUCAGAAUUAGAGAGAAAGAGAGAGAUAAUUGAUAGAUCUGAGGUGUGGUUGGUCUGAGGAGUGUAUAGUAACCUGUGAUUUAAUAUAGAGGAUUGAGAUAGAUGAUUGAUGAACCUGAAGAAAAUACUUAUGAAUUAUUAAUGAAACAUAUGUGAUCAAUAAACCUGUUUUAAG